AUGGUGGGACAACCGAGAUCUUUGUAUUUCGGCGGUGCCUUUUGUUCAAUCACCGCACUCUCUUGCUCGAUCAAGAAGGACUUAAUAAUUAUUCGGCGCCUAAUUUUCACACGGUCCCAAGAAAAAAACCCACCAGUCGGUUUACCCUCUCUAUCUCUCUCUUCAUUAUUGUGUUUACCCUCUCUUUCUUCGUUUCUGUGUUUACCCCUCUCGACCACAUCUGCCCAGGAGGAGUGCCCAGGAGGAGGACGAUUAAUACCAAAUAUUAACACUAAAGCCAAAAAAUACUCAUCACCCAAAGCCCUUUCUCUCUCUGUGCAACCACGGACCCGAAGCAAACCCAGCCCCCCGACCGACCACCCAGUCAGUAGCCACCAUCGGUUACCAAGCACCAAGUUUCAAGUCACCUCCCAGUCCCAGCGGCAACCCAAAGUCUGCGCAGCUCUAACCAUCUCCAGUUCAAAGACUGGGAAACGAAAUGUGAAACCUGUUGAUCCAGAUCCCCAUGGGGAGAAAUUGUUGCAGGUAGAAGAUCCACUUUUAGAAGCUACAAAGUACUUGAAGUUUCUUCAAAAGAACUCCCCUGAUUCGUUAGAAACACACUUGCUUUCUUUUGAAGUGAAUGUGAGAAAACAGAAGGUUUUGCUUGCCUUUCAGGCUGUAAAGCAACUACUGAGGUUGAACGCUGAACACCCAGAUACACAUCGUUGUUUAAUUAAAUGCUUCCAUAAAGUGGACUCGAUGCCCACUCCAGUUACAGAUGUUGAGAAACUCAUUUCGAGUGUCUUGGAAGCAGAACGCCCAAUAAUAAGUAUUUUGCAUGAGAAAUCUCUGAUCGAGGCGAACAAGAUUUUCUUAGAGAAACAUAAAGGUGAUUGUCAAACUUGUUCAGUAGCUGCUACUACAGAACUACUGUAUGCUUUACAACCUGACAAGAAAGCUGAGGUUGUUAAGCUAAUUGAGGAUGCAACACACAAUCCGGCGCCAAGGUGA